UUGCUGAAUGAAAAUAACACAGAGGCCAUUUUGCGCACGAACGAAAGCUGUACGGCAUCAUCCAAUAAUAACAAUAACAAUAAUAAAAAGCGGAAACGGGGAGGCAGGUUCAGUCCAUGUGUGGAGAGAAAGACGCUGUGGUGCUGUAGAGCCCGGUGGAGAGGUGGUGGUGGUGGUGCGGCGCGACUGGCUGGUUGUAGUCUCAAAAGAAGAAGACAUGCGGUAACUACUAGUGCCGCGUCGCCUCUUCUCUGAAGGGUUGAAGCUUCACCGCAUUGCUAUCCGAUAGAGUGACCCUCACAGAGAGAGAGGGAGUUGCCUUUAUAGUUAUAGCUGACCGACAGACACCGGCGACAUCCAUGCGCGUCGAAAAAAACAGGUGUACGGUUUCAUCCCCGCCGCUAGCUGCCUCCGAGCCGUUGUGUUUGUGUUCCUCCGAGGACUUCAGUCAGAAACAUGGAAGAAGAAGGUGAUUACCUGAUAUGUUGCGGGAUUCCUGUCUUUUUAAGGCAUUAAACGGGGUAAGAUCUGGGAAUAAAGCUUGACCGUCCGGGAGGAGAGACUUAUCCUGAGCAGAGGGUAGAAGACGGAAAAAAAAAUCCGAAUAUAAGAAGAGAAAGAGGGAGGAGAAGGGCUCACAGCUCACCUAUACCUGACUCUUCUUAGCAAGUCUCCAGACUUUUGGUUUUAUGACGGAAAGUGUGUCCCCCUGCAGUAGACCAGUAAGAAGUGCUCUUCAAUAUGAAUACAGAUAGCGGAGGAUGCUCUCGCAAAAGCGCGGCCUUGACACUCAUGCUCUCUCCCAUGAAGAGGGUCCAGAGCUCUCCAAAUCUAGGCUCAGGGAGUGAUUCUCACUCAUCAGACUUGGAUUCUUGGCGGUCACGCAGCGCAACAGAUGGCUUUAAGAAUGGAGACGCCAACAGUUCCUCUCUUGCUGCCAAAGGCUUUCGCAGCGUCAGACCCAACCUGCAGGACAAAAAGUCUCCAACGCAGGGGCCUCCCUCCCCCGACCCCACAGCACGACACUCCCCCUAUCGCUGCCACAGCUCUGAAUCACUCGACUACCUGCCAGGCCUAAUGCCCAAGGCUCUGUCACCCACCCCGUAUGUUGCUAGCGGAGCCGGUGCAGUCAGCAGGCCGAGCCUCACCACAGCCAGCAGUGCGAGCAUCGGUGGCUGCGUGUCACCCUCGGCCUCCCCCGUGACGGUGUCAGCUCUCAGCCACUACUCGUCGUCCACGGCGGGUCUGCUGGACGAGCUGCAGAUCUGUAGCCUGGACUCGCCCAGCGCCUCGCCCACGCCAUCGCCCACCCUCAGCCAUGCCUCUACCUACACAUCCACUGCUGGCCCUGAUGAUGUGCUAACAACCUUUGUGGCCUCCACUGCUGCAGCAGCCACUGUCACUAACGGCCAGGUCCUCUCUCACGCUAUGAAUGGAAGUGCUCCACAGAGGCCCCUCUCUCCUCCGUCCUAUCCUCCUCCCCCCACCUCACUCCACCCUGGACUCCAGAGACAGAGCAGGAGUUCAGAGGGCAGCGAGUCAAUUACCAGAGAGUCGGUGGUGUUGGGCCACACCAGCGUCAGCAGCAUGGUGCCCAUCGCCCGCUUCUCAGAAGAAGAGAAAAGGGUGUCCGUUAUUAAAGCCCCUCAUUAUGAAGGCAUCGGCCCCGUGGACGACUCUGGCAUCCCUAUCGCCAUCCGCACGACGGUGGAUAGGCCCAAGGAUUGGUACAAAACUAUGUUCAAACAGAUCCACAAGGUUCACAAAGCAGAUGAUGACUACUCUGACACAUACAAUGCAACAUAUGCUGUCAUAAACAAUGAUGACUACAGCCUGUCGUCCAACGCCACCAUGGCCCACCCUGCUCCCCGGACACAUACGUACAGGCCGCUCGCCAAAAGCCCUUCGGACAACGGAGGGCAUCUGGGCCCUCGGGAGCCUUCGCCGUCCCCUGUACCCCCACCCCCUCCACCCAUGCCAUCUCUCCUCCAGCUGAGAGCCAGAGACAGUGACCGUGAGAGAGACUCGCCUGACACGAAUGAAUGGGGUCCUCCAAACCGGAAAGUGGACACAAGAAAGUACCGCGCAGAGCCUAAGAGUAUUUUUGAGUAUGAGCCUGGGAAGUCCUCCAUUUUGGAGCAGGAAAGACCAACCUAUGAUGACAUAGAUUUAGAGAACGAGCCUUGGUAUAAGUUCUUUUCCGAGCUGGAGUUUGGGCGGCCGCCUCCUAAAAAACGGCUGGAUUAUAAUCCAGACAUCUCCGCUCGCCAGCGCAUUGAGACAUCCCUGCACAUCCCUCCCGCUGACAAGGCUCCGGAGAGACCUGCGAGUGCUGCCAGCGACUACAGGAAGAGAAGGAAGUCUGAGCCGUCAAGUUCCCAGGGGAACGCCCAGUCUCAGAGCAGAGCUGCAACUUCCCCUAAACCAGUGGAUGCCUACCGACCCAGCAGCACCCUAAAGAAACCUGUGGUUCGUUCCUCACCAUCCUCGCCCUCCAGAGCCAAAGGUGGGGACGCAUGCAACAUGUAUUCAAACAGUUUGACCUCCCCAGGUCCUAAUCUGCCCCCUAUCCCCUCUGACCCUGCCCAUUGCCAUGAGGAUGCCAGCCAGGAAGGCAGCUCCUCCUCCAAGCAGUCUAUCAGUUGUAAGAACAGUUGGCAGACAAAAUGCCAGGAUGCAGAGACAUGGAGCAGUGCGGAGGAGGUACCGCCCAUCCCUGGCAAGCUCAAGUCUCGCAGCUGUGAUGACUUACUCAAUGAUGGGCAUUCUGGCUCAGGCGGGCGCAACGCCACCCGCUCAGAAAGUGCUGGGUCACUGGUUUGUGAUGGGAAUCCCUCAGGUUCGACUGGAUCCAUCUCCACUCGCUCAUUGCCUCGCCUCCACCGGCGACGGGCACACGAUUCACCGGGCUUUCUCCAGCUCUAUCGUAAGAUGCACCAGAUCGACCGAGCUCAGCUCAUCCCAUCUGAAGUUAUCCGCUCAGUCCGCGCUCGCAUCCUGGAUCUAGAGCGCCAACCUCACCUGCAUCGGCAUCGUCUCUCUCCUUGGACACCCUCUUGGGGCGUGGAGGUGCCACGCGAUAUGGUGCCAAACCGCAUUACUGCAUACGAGCGCCUUAUUCAGAAGUCCAAAUCCAUGCCCAACUUGGGUGACACUGAGGUGCCUUCAGGCACUACCACGCCAGGUGGCUCGUCAUCUCGAGCCAGCAGUGGUGGCGGUGGCACACCCAGUUUUCCAAAACGCCGUUUUUCCAUAGAGUCUUUACUAGAAGAAGACAACAACGGCAACAGUGGAACAGUACCUCACACCAUGGCUCACUUGCAUCGACCUCGUAGCCCACCUGAGGGCCAGCCUCGUGUUGGGCCGGAGCCCGGCCGUGGGCGGUCCUUUCCUGCUCCUCCUGUUCCCCAGGUCCCACAAGCCAACGCGGACUACUCUGACAGUGAACAAGACGCUAUUGCGUCAGACCUCAGUGACUUCAUCCAGGUCGAGGGCUCCUCAUUUUGCAGUGAGAGUGACUUUGACCAUUGCUCACUGACCUCCUCUGAGAGCUUGUACGGCUCUUCCAACCUUCACCACCACCACCACAUCCGUCAUCACCACCACCAUCACCACCACCAACCUGGGCACCAAAGUCUGGGCCAGAGCCAGGGCUACCAACACCGCCACCUCAUCAGCUCCUGCAAAGGCCGCUGCCCAGCCUCUUAUACCCGUUUCACAACCAUGCUUCGCCACGAGAGAGAGCGAGCGCGCCAGGAGCACCAGAGACCUUCACAGCAGAGCCACAGCAGCCAUCCCCAAAACCAGAGCUCACAGUCCCAGCAAGCGAUGUCCAAGCUGGCCUUCCUGGUCAGCCCAGUGCCUUUCCGCAGGAAAAAGGGCUCACCACCUACCUCUAGAAGAGGCGAUGGUGGCAGAGAUCGAGGUAGCAGACCCAAGUCCAAACAGGCCAUUUAUGAAGCACUAGAUGCAGCCUUGAGAGACAUAUAUGAGCACAUUCAAGCAGAGAGAGGCCACAGAGGAACAAGGGCACCUGACGACAGCAUCCUGAGGAGAAUACUGGCCGAACUGCUGCCAAAUGUGCCUGAACGAAGCUCCUCAUUGCGCGGGAGGAGGGGGUGUUGGCACGGGGGUCAGUCCUCUGCAUCUUUGUACCCAGAUGGGAGCCCCACUGGGUAUGCCUCACAUGGAGGGGAUCCCUCCACACCACGGCUACAGUCACCAAUCAGUGCCUGUUACGGACGCCACUCAGACACCUCAAACAAUAAUGAAUAUGGAGAGGAGCAGGGCAAUGGAAAUGGUCUCUGUUAUUCAGACCAGGAUGUCUCCAGGUGUUAUUCCACCAUGGAUGGACGCCACACACCCCAGAGUAGAAGACCUACUCCUGACAGAGAGAAACAGCCUGCGAGAGCCAUUUAUGAUUUUAAGGCACAAACAGCUAAGGAGCUGACGUUUAAAAAGGGUGAUGCAGUGAACAUCAUCCGGCAGAUAGACAACAACUGGUAUGAAGGGGAGCACCGUGGACGGGUCGGGAUAUUACCCAUAUCAUAUGUAGAAAAGAUGCCGUCCUCAGAGAAGCAGCAGCCGAUUCGUCCUCCUCCGCCAGCACAUGUCAGAGAGAUCGGAGAGGGAGUAGCUCGCUACAACUUCAAUGCUGAUACUAAUGUGGAGCUGUCUCUCAGAAAGGGUGAGAGAGUAAUUGUGAUAAGGCAGGUGGACCAGAACUGGUACGAGGGGAAGAUCCCAGACACAACCAAACAGGGCAUCUUUCCCGUGUCAUACAUCGACAUUGUCAAGCGCUCCCCGUCCAAGAGCUCCGCCCACCACAUAGACCCACAUGGUUACCCUGGCAACAGGACACCAAGCUCUACACCCAUCAAGCCUUUCUACCAUCUACCUCCAUCCUCCACUACUCGUGACCUCCCCUCCCGUCACACCCCGUCAAGAAGGCUUGACCUGCAAGCUAUCACAGACGAGUGGCUGUCCCUCACAUUGGAGCCAUCAGCGUCCACUCCAGCUCACUCCCUCACAACCACCCCUGUACCGCCCACGCCACCCCCUCUCCCCACUGACCUUGCACCUUUCCUAAAGGAGCCUAUUUCACCCUCACCUGCUCCGUCACAAAGAGGCUUCGCCCUGCCGCCCCAGAGGUUUCCCAUAACUCCUCCAGGGAGAUUAGGUCACACCCCUGCUGUCCUGCCUUUCUCCCAACCACCUCCUCCUCCUCCUCCUCCUCCUCCACCACCUCCUCCUCCCCUUCCUCAUUCCUCAUUCACCCCUCCAUUGCCUGACUCUUCACUGCGAUACAACAUUGGCAAAGGAAUAGCUCAACCAUUGCAUAUUUCUAAGCCAGAGAUUUUGUCCUGCACAGUGCCAGAGCCAAUAAAAUCACCCACACAAGUUUCUCUGCGGCACAAGUCAAAUGUGGAAGUGAACAAAAGCAGCAAAAUCCCCGAUGUUGAGCUCCAAGUUAAAGACCCUUAUGAUGAGCUUUUGUCCAUGAUUCUGGAUGGUUCUACCAGCACAUGCGAUUCAGACUUUUCAACAUUGCCUCCAGUAGAUUCAAAUGAAUCCCGGAGCAGGUUUAAGCUAAAAGCAGAAGAAUCCCAUCAGCCAGCAGUGAAACCCCCAGCAGUCCCUCCAGCCAGCGACUCGGCAGGCAGCGCUCGGUUAGAGGUGCAGUUUCACAAGCCUGUGACAAUGGAGCCACUUUCUGUCAGCUGGGGAGGGCAGUCAAAAACUCUCAAUGAACAACCAGUCGAGCCUCAGAGACCACCAUCGGUGAAAGGAAGGGGAUAUACUGAGUUGUUCAUUGAGGAAGAGGAUGAAGCUAUAGAGGACACAGUGGAGGACGUUAAAGGUUUUAAUGAGAGACUCAGUCCACAGGCUGGUGUCUCUCCUUCCACUCUGACACGGCUUCCUCACUGCAGCCUCCCCUCACCCUCCAUCCCACCACCGCUGACCUCCUUACCUCCCCCUUCCCCUUCUUCUUCUUCUUCUUUUACUCCUUCCUCUCCUUCUACUUCUUCUGUUACUCCUUCCUCUCCUUCAACUACUACUUUUACUCCUUCUUCAUCUUCUACUUCUUCUGUUACUCCUUCUUCAUCUUCUACUUCUUCUGUUACUCCUUCUUCAUCUUCUCCUUCUUCUGUUACUCCUUCUUCAUCUUCUGUAGCCCGCUCACAACAGCAGGAUCGUAUCACCCUCCCUCCCUCUCCCCCAGUCUCCCCUCGGCCCCCAUCCCUUCCUCACCUCAUGACAUCGCCCUCUCCGCCCGUCUCACCAACUCCCCUCCACCACUCUCUCACCUCUCCAAACGUUCCCUCACAGCGCUCUGUUUUUCACAUCUCAAGCUCUCCCUAUGUGUUUCGUCCGGUCACAUCCCGCCCUGACUCAGAGUCUCCUAUUCCUCUUCCCGCCCUGACUUCCCCUAAACCCGCCUCUCCUCCCCUCACCACUCCACGCUCUCCCCCUACUGUACCCCCUCCAGGACAUAGGUCUCCCAAGGUGAAGCAGGAUGCAGUUGUUGGUGGUAAACCUCCUCGUAGCCCCAUCUUGACCCGGAGGUCCUAUCUGUCCCACAUUAGAGGUCGAAGGCGAUUAGUACAGGAUGCACUCCAUGGUGGAGGAGAACCGUACCAGGCCGUGUACAACUACAUGCCUCGCAACGAGGACGAGCUGGAGCUGAAGGAGAGCGACAUCGUAGACGUGAUGGAGAAGUGUGACGAUGGCUGGUUUGUUGGGACCUCUCGAAGGAGCAAGUUGUUUGGAACCUUCCCAGGAAACUACGUGAAGCAGCUAUAAUGAUGAUUCCAGACCCCCCCCCCCUGGCUCCGCCCCUUUCUGUGACACGUUCAUCGCCCUCAGCACAGCACCCGCAGGACACCACCCCCCAACCCAAACACCGGUCCCCCCCCCCGAGACCUGUCGCACAUUUCAUGUGUUUGCGUGUACGUGUGGCUCGUCAGCUUCACACAGACAGAACCUUUAGCUCUAACUAGCCAUCUUUAAUGGAAGACUUCUAUGAAAUAACGUUGUUUUUUUUAAUAUUAUCUUUUUAUCCUUAUUUUUCUAUCAUGGAGAACCCAAACUUUGUGCUCCAGUCAGUGACCUUUAACCUUUGACUGUGAUGGAAGGAUAUCAAAGGAACUUUACGAACAGUCAAUGAUAGAAAACAGGCACGACAGCGAUGCUUUUCUUUCUGUUAAAGGGCAGUGAGAUCACCACAAACACCUUUUUUAUUUUUUUUCAAACUUAAACACUUGUUACAUUUCAUUUCAGUGUUCAAUUACAGAUAUCCCCAAAGACAUUGAGUGCAGAGAGUGUUGUAAAAACAGCGUUCUGUCAGCAGGUCUGUUGUAUAAGAUCUUUGUUGAAGGGAUUGCAGCCGAUAUUUCAGGUAAAAGGAUGUUACUUCCCACGCUUAAACGUGGAAAAGACUGUGCAUGUAUCAAUGUUAUGCGUCGCCCAUGGUAUCGAUUGGUUGAUAAGAAUUUGGGGAUAUGACAGACUAUCAUUAUUAAGCAAAUAUUGCAAAUGAGGAAGUUUGAAAAAUGAUGUUGAUUUAAAACAUAAGAUAAAAAAUCUUCAUCUUCACACUAGGAUUGAUGCACUUUAACGAAACUUUAACACAUUUUUGUGUUUGUUUUAUCUCAAAUUUCACUUCAGAUUUUACACAGUAGUCGUUAAUAUGUCCGUGGGGCUUCGGGGUACGUUGGUCAUGUUUGAAAAGCAAAAAAGGUUACCAACCUUUUAGGUAUUAUAUUUAUUAGCUGGUCGAACUGUGUUAUAAGACGAUUAUUAGAAAGGAUGGAACAACACGACAGCAGCACAUGUUAAGGCUUGUUAUUUGAUGAAGUAUCAUUGUCCAGAUAGGUGCUGAGUGACAAAUAACACAAUAGUUGAUGGGCUAUAAUUAUGCCAGGUGUCAUGUUUUAUGUUGAAUUAUUUAAGCAUUUUAUCAAAAGCUUCAGUUAUGUAACUGCAGUUUUUUUCCACUAGACGUCGGUGGCAUCUUUUAACCCUGUUGUCAGAUUGAGUGCGUCACUGUUUCAUGUAGUUAUAUUGGAAUUAUCUGCAGUUUCCAUCUUAGCUUUGUCAUGCUCAGUGAAUAUGAUUUUUUUUUUUCUCAUUUUACAUGUUUCACAUAGGAUGAACACUGACAACAAAACAUUUGUUAAAGCACCUUAAGAUAUAUUUGUUUUAUCAUUCAUUGUCCUUCACGUCACCCCCCCGUCAUCCACUAUUUCAGCUGGUGUGAGAACACGUUGUGUGUGUGUGUGUGUGUGUGUGUGUGUCUGUGGUGUUUUUGUAAGCCUUUUUGUAUGAGAGCUGUAAAAUGGCCAACAUCCACUUGCUUUAUAAAGUCAGCUUUUUUCUCACCCACCAUCACAUUUGGUUUCCUCUCCUUUCUUUCUUCACGUUCUUCAUCGGUGGUGCUACUUUUCCACUUUUUCACAGUUAUUAUUGUAGCCAGGCAUGUAGGCCUUCUUCUUCUUCUCUCCAGUUAUUUGUUGUUUUAAGAGCCAGUGACGUAUUUAAACUGAAGUUACUGUAGUUAGAGUGAGUAGAGUUGGUGAUUGCUGCCUUACAUCCAACUCACUAAUUUAAUAGCCAUGUAUAUGUAAACCUCUUCUGUGAUGCAAAAAAUUAAUUUAUGCAUAUAUAGCGUAGAAAACAUCAGGAACGUGUGCACCGAGUGAUCACAAAAACAAACAGUAAACCUCUAGUCUGCCUUUGAUACAACAUUAGGAAACAGAUUUGGAUUGAAGACAUGAAUUUGACUCCUGAUAUGUUUAUACAUGUAAUGAAAGUGUUAACCUUAUAUGUUAUUCAUGUUAAUAUCAAAUUCAAUGCACACUCUUGGACCUAAGUAUUUCUACAAUAUCUUAGCAUUUGUUGGAUGAUUUUAUGGGGCUGUAUUGCUAAUAAAAUCCAGCUGAUAGAUGAAA